AUGCUUCAGCAACACCCCAACGGCCCCACACAUCUGACCGAAGCGCCCAGGCAACUAAGGGGCCCUCCAGACAACCGGAAAGGGAAGACACAAUUGCCACGACUCGAACGGCAACCACACACACGCGACAGUAACCCAGAGAGAGUCAUCCCGGCCAGAUUGCACACCACCCUCACGACAAUUGCCUCCAUGACCCCACCCACCAGACUCCGAACGGACCCACUCAUGGAGGACCCCAGCUUGCAUCUCCCUGCUGCCUGCGAACUUCUCCUCCUUACCCUUGAGCAUCAAGUUCCACCUUGCACCCUCCACAUCUCAGCCCACACUUUAACAACACUGUGCAUUCACCUGCAGCCGCUGUUCACGGCUAACCCUCACCACACAACCUAA